UGUGUGUGACUGCAGUAUGUGUGCGGUCUGUGGACUCCAGAUGAACCUGUCCUGCUUUUUGUUCAUUCGGUGAACAUUAGUUCAAUCAUUUUUGAACAUUCAUCUGAUUCUCAGCUGAUUACGUCAUAAAGACUCAGGAUGAGUUACAGCAGCAGACAUGGACGGACUUCAUCCAGCUGGGGUUACCCCUCAGAUAAAAUCAUGUACCAUGGCCUGAUGAACCAGGGAUCCACCUGUUACCUGAACAGUGUCCUGCAGGUUCUGUUCAUGACCAAGGAAUUCAGACAGAAGCUGAGAGUCCCAAGCAAACACAGAGAUGACGAUCCAAACCUCAUCGAUCGUGAGCUGAUGGAGUUGUUUGGUGAUUUAGAAAAAUAUACAACCUACACCUAUAAAAUCACAAGGAAACUGGACAUCCGCAACGUUUAUGAACAGCAGGAUGCAGCCGAGUACUUUGAGAGGAUUCUACGUCUGACUAGUGAGGAGGCGUCUAAGGUUUUCCAAGGAGAGCUGAUCAACAGGAACACAUGCUCUAAGUGUGAAACAGUCACUGAUAUUUCUGCAGCGUUUUGGUAUCUUCCUCUGGCUCUGGUGGAUUCCUACGGUGAUUAUAGUGUGAUAAAGGGCAUUAAGGACUUCUUCAGACCUUCAGAACUCAGAGGAGAAAACCAGAUGUACUGUGAACGCUGUUGUGACAAAUCUGACGCUACCAUAAAGUGUGUGGUGGAGAAACAUCCAGAAGUUCUGGUGCUGAAGUUGAAGAGGUUCGACUUCGACAUGCGUCACAUGUCUAAUGUGAAAAUAAACUGUGCUGUGGACGUGCCCUUCACACUGCAGAUACCACAGGAUCAAACCUAUGAACUGUUUGCUUUUGUGGAUCAUUUUGGGGAUCUCAAAAGUGGACAUUACACCACAACAGUCAGGUCUCAGGAUGACGACAAAUGGUACAUGUUUGAUGACAGCAUAGUCUCACAGCACAAAUACCAGUGGUUUCAGCUGGACACCAAAGAGAAACUACCCAAGGCUUAUCUGCUGUUUUACAGGAAACAAAAAGUAGGACCUGCAGACACCUCCUCCCAAGUCAUGGGUGAAGUUUCCACUCCUGGAGUCCCACAGGGUGACGUCAGUGUGAAGAUGGAUGGACUGGAAACAGAAGAUCCACAGAACAGAGACGUAGACGUUAACGCUGCAGCAUCUGUUUCUCCCAAAGACGUCAGUGGGUUGAAAAGACCAGCGGCGGCACCUGAACGUCCCUAUAAACAUGAAGAAGGAGACAAGCCACCGCAUCAGCAAGAUGGAGAUGAGGACAAAGACCGUGGACAUGUUCGUAUCAAGGAACACAAAGAGGAUGAUGAUGAAAAAUGCAUGACAUCACCUGAUGACCAAAUGAGAACAAAAGCAGCCGAGGGUGUAAAGAACGAUGGUACUGGUGGGCGAUCAGACCUCCAGAACAUACCACAUACUUCUAACUUCAUGCCAUAUGCUAGUGAAAACCAGACAAGAUGGGGUAAACAAGGUGAAGUCAGAGAUAGAACAUGGAUAGAGGUGAAGGAAAAGGGGAGAGGUGAAGCAGAACAGCAGAAAAAUGAAGAGUUCCACCGUGUUACAGAUCAAAACAGACAAAAGUUAGAAACAUCAACUGCUCAGGUUGAAAGGUUUUCUCCUCAGGUUGAGUUGAAUCAGGAGGCGACAACAGGGAAGAGGGAAGGAAGUUUGGAUGUUUCCGAUAAUAUCUCAAGGUAUUACCAUGAACAGAAGGUCAGGGCCACGGAUGUGAACAGAGAUUAUAGUGAAGGUGGAGACAAGAAGAGACCUGAAAGAUUAGAGAACGUACGUGAUGAUCGGAAGGUUAACAAGGAAAGAAGAAGACAAGAACAUGAGCGUAAACCAGAAUACGACCUCCGAAAAGCAGCUGAGGAGACGACAGGAAGAGAUGAUUCAGGUACAGGAAGGACAGAAAUGUGCACAGGUGGUGUUAAGGAAACAGGGAAACUUUGGAAAAAAUCUGAUCUUCACGACCAAAACAGCAUGUCAAAUGAGAGGAAGAGUCCAAAACAGGGAAUUAGUGACAGCAAUAGAAGAUAUGACGAUCAGAGAGAGGACAGGGGGAUGUAGAAAGAGUCGGAGAUGGACCCAGAAGAAGAGGAAGCACUUAUAGUCUGAAGUAUUGUGGUACAUACCAUGAAGGAGAUGAGGAAAUAUGAAAAUAUGAAUUGGAGGAAAUCAAAGGGGGUGAUUUAAAUGACAGGAAAGACUGUGACAAACUGAACACCGGAGAGAACGCCAAAAAGAAGAGUGAGAGGAAGACAGAUGAAGAUGAGCAGAGUAGCAGAGGUCAUGAACAACGAAGAAUAAGGUCAGACAGAGAUCCCAACAGUAGAUCGGAGAAUCCUCGACGGAACAGAUCACCUGAACAACAGUUUAGUCCGACUCAGACACAGGCUGAGUUUGAUCUGAAAGGAGGAUCAGCUGGAAAAGGGCUCAGAGUUUACCAGUAUGAAGCCCAUGGACGUCCUCCAACAGGUGACGCCACGGAAGGCAGAAGGCGUUCAAAGUCAGAAAGAAAGACACGGAACAAUUCGAACCACCAUCAAGUCAGACCUAAAACCCAAUCAGACGCUCAGGAUGCUUUGAACGGAGACAUGAGAGGUCUAAGACUGACUGAAACACCCCCGAAAGGCAUCGAAGGGUUAGAACUGGAGGGGAACGCUAAAAAACAAGCAAAGAAGAAAUACUACGGAAAGGGUUGUUUUAGAUUUGUUCGCCGACGCAAAAACAAAGUCAAACAGAUUCAAAGUAACGGGGUUUAGUCGCUGUUUUCACCCGUCAGCUGUUUAUAUCAACACGUGAAUAUUUCGCAUAAUUAUUUUUUUAACAGUAGAUUUUUUUUUUUUUCUCGAACUCAAAGGUAUCAACCAAUCAUUUGUGUGAACUCCUGCAUUAGGCAGUGAGCAGUGCACGGCCCAAAAAAUUAUAAUUAUUAUAAUUCUCUUCGCUUGUCACGGGUGUUACCAGGUCCAAAUGUAAGCAGCUGGGCUAUUGAAGUGUUUGUCAACGGGGGCGGUACCCUGCAUAAAGACCCCAUGUAAACAUGUCGUCUUUAAAAGGUCUUGAAUUUAACUCAUAGAAACCUGUACUCAUUAAUACAUGUACGUUUCUGAAUACGUGAACUACCAAUUUACUUUUGAUGAUGAAAGUAAAACAAAUGCAGUACUUUUGUGCAUUUGACUUGAUUCCAUUAAGAUUAUUCACUGAUUUCUUCCUCUUUUAAGUUUCUUGAUUAAAUUGAUGUUUAAUUAUUGUAAAUUCUUGAGUUUACAAUGUGAGCUACUGGAAAUAAAUGUCUGAGAACAACUAAUAUUAGGUGUAAAUCAUGCCUUUUAUUAGAUUGUUGUUGUAUUUGAUUAAAUAUUAAGGACAGACUAAAGUGAGUUAAUUGUUAGAUUAUAUUACGGUCAUUUAUAUUUUGCUGUUUUAUGUUUGGUUUUAGGACUGACUUUUGUGUUUUAUGUAUAUUUUUAGUUUGGAUGUGGCUGUGAUUUCUAUUUUGUGUAAUUUCUGCUGCUGUCUUGGCCAGGACACUUGAAAAAGAGAUGUUUAAUGUCAAUUAGCUUUUUUCCGGGUUAAAUAAAGGUUAUAAAUAUAAUAAAAUAAAACACUGUGUUGUUAUGGUAAUGGUGACAUACAAAUAUUAAAUGUAAGUCAAAUUAAAAAGCUGAAACAUUGUGGCAAGUGCUGUUUUUAUAUAAUAUUAAGUGCAUUUGAAAAGAACAUCAACCAAGUAAAACAUGAGGAUUUCUAGUCAGACG